CAUAUUCAAACUUCAAAGAGACUCUAUCUUUGUUAACUCAUCCUCCUCACUAGAAAGUAGCGCUGAGAUCUUGAUCCUGUCUUCAUCUUACUAGUAUGGAUUCUUUUUGUUCUCUUACCAAUGUUGCUGCUUCUGCUGCUGCAAUAUGCUUCUUGGCGCUGUUGUGUACAAUAGUUUUCAUCAGAAAAUCCAGAUCUCAUCAAGAAAACGAAAGAAUGGCUUCUUCUACAAAUGAUUUCAUCAGAAAAUCCAGAUCUCAUCAAGAAAACGGAUCAAUCGCUUCUUCUGAAAUUCUUUUCAUCAUAGAAUCCGAAUCUCAUCAAGAAAACGAAACAAUGGCUUCUUCUUCUUCAACUCUUUUGGACCCCCAGUCUUCUUUGUCACACAGUUGCUUACACCAUGUCUUCCCAAGCUUCCACGGGGCUGAUGUCCGCACAAACUUUCUCAGCCACAUUGUCAAGGAGUUCAAGAGCAAAGCAAUCGACCUAUUCAUUGACAAUGAUAUCGUGAGAAGUAAGUCUAUCGGUCCUGAGCUCAUAGAAGCUAUUAGAGGAUCUAGGAUUGCCAUUGUAUUUCUCUCGAAGAACUACUCUUCCUCGACAUGGUGCUUGAACGAGCUUGUUGAGAUCAUGCACUGUAGAGAAGAGUUUGGUAAAACUGUGAUGUCCAUUUUCUACGAAGUGGAUCCAACUGAUGUAAAGAAGCAGACUGGCUAUUUUGGGAAAGUCUUUGAAAAAACUUGUGAAGGAAAAACAGAGGAGGAGAUCCGAAGAUGGAAACAUGCUUUGGCCGAAGUGGCUCAAAUCGCAGGUUUCCAUUCAUCAAACUGGAAGAAUGAAGCAGAGAUGAUUGAAGAUAUUGCCACUGAUGUUUCGAACAAGUUGAACCUUUCCGCACCAUCCAAUGAUUUUGACGGCUUAGUUGGGAUGGAAUCUCGUAUGGCAGAAUUGAUGCCGUUAAUGUUAGAGCUAGAUUCGCAUGAGGUGCUAAAAAUAGGGAUUUGGGGUCCGCCUGGGAUUGGUAAGACCACCAUUGCUAGAUAUAUAUUCAACCGAUACUCUCGAUAUGUCGAUCUGAGUGUCUUUAUGGAUAAUAUCAAAACAAAGUAUGCGAAAACGGCUUGUUCUGAUGACUAUAGUGUGAAGUUGGAUUUACAGAAGCAGUUUAUGUCUCAACUAACCAAUGAGAAGGAUAUCAAGAAUUUUUCACAUUUGGGAAUUGCCAAAGACAGGUUGAAAGACAAGAGCGUUCUUGUCAUCCUUGAUGAUGUGGAUCGGCCAGUACAAGUGGAAGCAGUGGCAAAAGAGAAUAGUUGGUUUGGUCACGAGAGUCUGAUUAUCGUCAUAACACAAGAUCUAAAGGUUUUAAAAGCAAGUGGGAUCAACCAUAUCCACAAGGUGAAUUUACCAUCAUAUGAUGAAGCUCUGCAAAUAUUCUGCAUGCACGCUUUUGGUCAGAGAUACUCUAAGGAUGGUUUCAUAGAGCUUGCUUGUGAAGUUGUGAGUCUUGUAGAAAAUCUUCCGUUGGGGCUAAGGGUUAUGGGAUCCUAUUUUCAGGGAAUGUCUGAGCAAGAUUGGACAGAGGCACUACCAAGGUUAAGGACUCACAUUGGCCGAGAUGGAGAAAUUGCAAGCAUUUUAAUUAGUUAUGAUUCUUUAUGUGAUGAAGAUAAACAUUUGGCUCUGCAUAUAGCCUGCUUUUUCAAUGGUGAAUCAGUUGAUAUAGUGGAAUGCUGUCUAGCAAAACGUUUUUUGGAUGUGACACAAGGGCUUCGAGUCUUAGCUGAAAAAUCUAUCAUAUCUAUGAAAUGGGGGAAAAUAAAAAUGGCUGAGUUGCUAGUCCAGUUGGGAAGAAAACUUGUGCGAGAACAAUCGGUUAGUGAGCCUGGGAAACGCCAGUUUUUAAAUGAUGCAAUUGGUAUUGAAGAAGUGCUUAGUGAUUAUAAAGCCGACAAUAGCAGCGUCAUAGGAAUAAAUGAUGAGACUUGUGGAGACAUAGAAUGUACAAGUGAAAGAGCCUUUGAAAGAUUGUCUAAUCUUCAGUUCUUAAGAAUCCAUGGCGAUGGCAUUAAUCCGCGAAGUAUGAACCACAUAUCCCAAAAACUUAGAGUACUAUGUUGGUCGAGUUUCCAGAUGACAUGUUUUCCUUCGAGUUUUAAUCCAAAGUUCCUAGUCAAACUAGAGAUGCCGAAUAGCAAGCUUGAGAAAUUGUGGAAAAAAACUCAACUGCUCAGCAAUCUUAAGCGGAUGGAUUUGAGUUAUUCAAGAAGAUUGAAAGAACUUCCAGAUCUCUCAACUGCCACUAAUCUAUAUGACCUGGAUCUCUCAUAUUGCUCAAGUCUCGUGAAACUCCCUUCUUCUAUUGGGAAUGCAAUUAAUCUCAACAAACUGGAUCUUAGGUUUUGCUCAAAUUUGGUGGAGAUCCCUUCCUCUAUUGGAAAUGCAGUCAAUCUGGAAAUAUUUGAUCUCCAUGAAUGCUCAAGUCUUGUGAAGAUUCCUUCAUCUAUUACAACAAUCGCUAGUCUCACAUCUCUUACUCUCCAUAGUUGCUCAAGUUUGGUGGGGCUUCCACAGAACAUCGAGACAGUCACGGAACCCCAUCACAUUAAUCUCAAUGGUUGCUCAAGUUUGGUGAAACUCCCUUACUCUAUUGGGAAUGCAACUAAGCUUGAAGAACUGGAUCUCAGUGGUUGCGUAAGUUUGGUGGAGUUACCUUUCUCUAUUGGGAAUGCAAUUAAUCUCCGGAAAUUGGAUCUAACAUUUUGCUUAAGUUUGCUGGAGCUCCCUUCCUCUAUUGGGAAUGCAACUAAGCUUGAAGAACUGGAUCUCAGUCAUUGCUCAAGUUUUGUGGAGUUACCUUUCUCUAUUGGGAAUGCAAUUAAUCUCCAGAAAUUGAAUCUCAGUUAUUGCUCGAGUUUGAUGGAGCUCCCUUCCUCUAUUGAAAAUGCAAUUAAUCUCCGGAAAUUAAAUCUCAGUUAUUGCUCAAGUUUGGUGGAGCUACCUUCCUGUAUUGGGAAUGCAGCUAAGCUUGAAGAACUGGAUAUCAGUCAUUGCUCAAGUUUGGUGGAGAUACCUUCCUCUAUUGGAAAUGCAAUUAAUCUCCAGAAAUUAAAAAUCAGUCAUUGCUCAAGUUUGGUGGAGGUACCUUUCUCUAUUGGGAGUUUAAUUAAUCUUGAAUUAUUAAAUCUCGAAAAUUGCUCAAGUCUGGUGAAGCUCCCUUCCUUCAUUCAAAAUGCAGUUAGUCUUCAGGAAUUAGAACUUAGUGAAUAUUCAAGUUUGAUGGGGCUCCCUUCUUCAAUUCAGACUAUAAAUAAUCUUCAUGAAUUGACUCUCAAUGAUUGUUCAAGUAUGGUGGAGCUUCCUUCCAUUAUGAGAAACGUUGGUAGAUUUUUGAAAUGUUUAAAGUUAGAGGUUCUUCUGGAUGACAUUAACUUGGAAUCUCUUGAAGUACUCAGUUUCUCAGAAUGCUCUUUGUUGGAAAGUUAUCCUGAGAGUCCCACAUACAUUCAAGAGCUUGAUCCAUGGAUGGGGAGGAUAUCUCGUCUAACACGCCUUGUACUAAGCGGAAUGAAGAAUCUGGUAUCACUCCCGCCGCUUCCUGAUUCGCUGUUUGUACUAGAAGCAGAAAAUUGUGAGUCCCUGGAGAGACUAGGUUCCUCCUUUCGCAAUGCAUAUAUGAUGCUCAACUUUCGUAACUGCUUCAAACUAAAUCAAGAAGCCAGAGAUAUCAUCAGCCGGACAUGGACCAGUGCUUAUGCAGUCUUUCCCUGUAGAAAAGUGCCUCAGUGCUUCACUUACAGAUCUUGUGGGAGUUCCGUAAAAGUGAAGUUGAAUCAACUGGCUCUUGGCAUAUCAACCAAAUUUAAGGCUUGCAUAUUAUGUGCUGAUUCGGACGGAGUUAACUUUCCACCUUUGUCACAAGCUUCUGUCUGUUGUAGCAUCAUGUCUGGGGGAAAUGCUCGCACUGCUUGUUAUAAAAAAGUAGGACGAGUUUCGUCGGGGCAUCUGUACACAUUCAGGGUUGAGAUUGAAACAGAGGAGGUGACUUCCCCCGAGCUUGUUUUUGAGUUCGAGAUCCAGUUCGGCAAUGUAAACUCCGAAACAUGGGAGAUAAAUGAAUGCGGGAUACUUCAAAUCUUGGAGGUCCCUCAUGAUGAUAGCCAUUAUUGAGAGCUUCGAAGAUUGCUUUAAAACCUAAGUAAGACAGAAGCAUUCGGAGAUUGACAAUGCGAAAUUCCCAGACAAAAGUAUCUUUUUGUGCUUUUAAUCCACGAGGAGCUGCUGUUGGUGAAGCAAACGGUCGUCUCACAUUUGGUCAUGACAUCUUAGCCUCCAUCGCAAGGUAUCGCCCAAUUCUUUUGGGUCUUAUUUAAAAAACAAUAUGAUGAAUGUUUU